AUGCAACGACACAAACAAAACGGCCGCCCAAACCCACACGCUAAAUUGCGGCAGGUCCAGGUGUCAGUCGUUUUCGUUUAUGCCGAAGGCACCGACUGGCCCACGGGCGGGCUUUAUCUGCUCGCCAAUUCACCUCCCCGCUCCGACCCACACGACCCACAAUAUGCGAUAAGCCCUCCGCAGGUCAUUCCUGAGAGCUUGGGCAUCGAUAAGGGCAAUCGCGGUGAUGAAGUCGUCGCGGGCGGUAGAAAGCGGAGAAAGGAGGACCAGAGAAAGCAGGAGCUCGAAACGACGAGUACACCGAGGAUGUGCAACCCACAUCCGUACUAUCCUGGACUGUGGGUCAAGCACAGGAGCAAGUGCCCGGGCAUCCUCGAGCUAGAGGAAGAUAAAGCACUAACCAGGAGAAGAGACUGGUUUUUUCAGCUAAAUCCAGAACCGCGCCCACCAACCACCUCCUCAUUUGACGCGAGCGGUGAAAAUUGGGAAGAGGGAGAGUCAGAAGAGGAUGAGGACGAGGACAGGUGA